AGCGAAAGGAGGAGCGGUUUACAAAAAAUAUACGGUUAGUUGGGUUUCAAGAGAAAAACUUGUAUUUGAUGUUUGAUUAUGUAGAUGCACUACAAGUUGUAUUGAAAAUCAAUAAGGAUACCAAACACUUGCAUAAUCGGGUAGCUCCCAUUGUAGUAGACUGGCCAGGACAGCUUUUAUUCGUAAAGCAAUUACCAAUCUAA